AUGGACUUGGAAAUAUCUUUAGAGACCCAAGAAAGUGAACUUGAAAAAUCAGGGAAGUUUAAAGGAGAAGUUGAUUCAAUAAAACAAGAUCUUAAACAAGCAGAAGAUGAUGCUGUCACUCUUAGAAUCAUGUCGGAAAAAGAAGCUGAGGCGAAAAAGCUUUUAAAUUCUUCUCAGUCUAGAGGACAAGUUCUUAGUAGCAUGAUAAAGCUUAAAGAUAAUGGAUCGUUGGGUAACCUUGGUGUCAUUGAUAAAUACGAUGUUGCGAUUUCAACUGCCAGUCCUGCAUUGAACAACAUCGUAGUUGAUUUAUUGAAGUUGUAUAGAAUACCUUAA